AUGAUCCGAAUACCGACGCUGCGACACGUUGCGACCAGGUCGCUGCGCUGCGCUGCUCGUGGCGCCGUCCAGCAGCGUCGCUGGGCGCAAGUCCACGAUGUCCGAUUUCUCACGACGCAGCCCUCACAAGCGAUUCUCGAAAAGUACAGGGAGAAGCUCAGCAAAAAGGCGUCUCAGGAAGGACACGGAAGCAUCGACGACCUCAAAGCCGCAUACUCAGAGAAGAUACAGGAGCAGCGCAAGAAGGACUCCGUGAAUGUCCCCCCCAUCGUCGAAGAAUUAACAGGAACGGCGAUUCCCCAGACCGAGGGCACACCACCAGCCAUCAAGCCUCUUGGCGAUAUCCUCGAUCUCGAAAAAGUCGCCGAGCUGCCCGAGAAGGAGCUCACAGCCAUCUGGCGCCUCCGCCAUGCCUCCUCUCCACAGACCCUAUGCGCCGUCAUCCCCGCGCCGGCAUACCAAGCAAUGGAAUCUCUCGCCCGCAGCAACCCUUACUUCGUCCUUCCAGUGCCGCACGAGAGCCAGGGCGCGGAGAUGCACUUCAUGCAGUGGACCUUUGACCCGGCGUCCAAGACCAGCACGGUGCUGUUCACGCAGCUGGCCGAGUACAAGGCCAGGGGGGAGUUUGCGCAGCCGCACACCACGGUGACGCAUCACCUCGACUUGAUUAAGGAUAAAGGUCUAGUUUUGAUGCAGGGACAAGUCAUGGAGGGAAGGAAUGUGCAGCCGGACCACGCGAAAUGGCUGGUCAUGUGUUUGCAGCGAUUCUAUGGCGGAUGGGAACAGAAGGGCGAUGAGCUGGACGGACAGAGGAAAGAAAGGGCUGAAGAAAGACAGAAGCUGUUGGAGUGGUUUACCAACGGCGACCCGAGAUUUAGCGUUGAGAAGCUGCUGGAAGAGGCGGAGAGAAUGGGAUGA